GUGAUCUUAGUUGGGCUGACAGUUGCCUCUGCGAGCUUCGUUCGGGAGCUUGAGAGACGCCUGGGGGACGUAUCAGCCGAUAAUGUCGACGGAAUCGUCGCCGUAGCGCACAACGAAGGAGAGGGAGAUGUUCAGAACAACAAAGAGUUGCUUCUGCGCACCAUUGCUGGGUUUCUGGUUCACCCUAACACUGGUGCGGCGUUGAUCGUGGCCACAGGCCGCGAGCGCAACGUGACGCUGGAAGAGCUUAAGGAGUACAUGGCCAAAGAGCAGUAUCCUUCAGCGCAUGUGCCGCAUGACUACGCCGUCCUCAGCGGCAGCUGGCGCGAGGAUCUCAAACAGGCAGAGGAUGUGGUGCGCGGUUCCCUCGUGCCGGCCGCGGCCAAGGACCGUGGGGGCUCUGAUGCCUUUAGCGGCCUCACAGGCAACCCACUGGUGGGCGAGGUGUCCAAGCUCUUGAUUGAAAAAGGCGGCCUCGCGCUCCUGGCCGAGUCUCCAGAGCUCGUCGGCGCCGAGCCGUACGUGCUGUCCAACUGCAGAAACUUGGAGAUUGCGCGGAAGUUCCUGAUGAUGCCGCAUGGCAUGACUCAGACGGAGCGCUACAAGAGGUAUGCUUCCCGUCAUGGACAGGAUGCAGCUGGCAACCCCUCCGGCGGCAACCUCUACCGUGGUCUCUACAACAUCGUGAUCAAGAGCCUGGGAGCUUCCCGCAAGAAGCCACCCGACGUUGUCCUGGAUGAAUGCAUCGAGUACAGCGAACGUGUGGGAGACCGUGCAGGUUAUUUCUUCAUGGACUCCCCAGGGAACGACUUGGAGUCCAUAGCUGGCCAGGUGGCAAGCGGCUGCAACGUGAUCUUCUUCGUGACAGGGAACGGCGCCAUCACGAACUUCCCCUUCGUGCCCACGCUGAAAGUG